AUGAAACUUUCUUUUCCUGACGAACCCGUGGACCCUGAACAGUCCUGGUCCGGUCCCUGCAUGCCGAGCACCGCGGCACCCAGAAAGCACUUUUUGUACCGAGUUUUGUCGUUGCCAAUAAAAGCCAGAAGAUCCCUGCCGUGGUCUCGUCUGUUUGCCAUCUGUUUUCUGGGUCCUCGUCUCCUCUAUGAGCUCUUCGGUUUAAAAUCAGGCUUUGAAAACAAAACAGUGAACGCCUCCCAGCGAGUCGACGUCCAGAUCUCCAGCAACAGGAAACAUCUGCCUCCGCCCGGACCAAUCAGAGGGCGGGAACCGGAGCCUCCUGUUGCUGCAGAUCUGGGAGCCUCUCAGUCCGUCUGUCCGACCGAACCGAGCCGAGCCGAGCCGAGCUGGAGGACGCUGGAGAGGAGCACCGGCAGCAGGACUCACUGGGAUUCUACCGGGAUUUACCGACACACGUCCCCCGAGUCUCUGAACGUCGACGGUUUAUCGUCAUCAGCAGAAAAUAAACAAUCAACGACGUCGAAAGUUGCUUAUUUCAAGAGAAAAUAUGCGGAAGAGGAGGAUCUGCAGGGAGGAAUACCGGGAUAUCUACAAAAACACCUGAUCCUCCAAGAGGACCGGAGCUGCAUCCUGAAGCUGUCACUGGAGAAGUUGAGGUUUCUGGAGGAUCCGGAGGUUUACCUGCGCCGCUCGGUCCUCAUCAACAACCUGCUGAGGAAGAUCCACCACGAGGAAGAGGAGCUGGAGGCCGACGAUGAAGAGGAGGAGGAGGAGGAAGGCCAGAGGAGGACCAUGAACCCGGACAGGAAGCGGGUCAAGGUUCUGGUGACGGACUGCUGCUCUCCGGCCUUCGGUCUGGAGGAUCUGCAGCGGUACCGGCUGGUUCCCUGCUACCAGUACCACCAGUACCACCAGUACCACCAGUACCAGGACCGCCCGCUGCUGCUGUACCACCUGGACGAUCACGGCUGAGCCUCGGUUCCUCGACGCUUUCUCAGAGGUCCACUCAGGAGCUGCUUCCCUCCUGGUUUCCCUCCACCAUCGGAGGUUCUGGUUCUGCUCGGGACCAGCGGGUCCACGUGGAACCGUGCAGGAGGCGGACCGAGGCUCGGUUCUGUCUGAGUUCUGCUGUUGUGUUGUUGUUGCUCUGGGAGCUCAUUCAGGGAUCUACAGACGUCUGGAGAACGUUCUGCUUCUGUUCUGCUGCUGCUCUCUGGGUUCUCACUCGUUCUCCAGAACUUUCUCUGGACUUUUUCCUGCUGUGAAGAUCUCCAGGACGGUUUUCUUUCUGUCUUUGUCCUGCAGCUCGUUGCUGACCUCUGCUGGUCAAACGAAUGAAAACAGAAACUCAGUGUUCAGGAGCAAAAUGCAUUUAAUCUGCAGCUCAGAGAGGAAGAACCGCAGAUCCACCAUCAGCCACAACCUGAGAACCAACAUUAGAACCCGCAGUAGAACCAACGUUAGAAUCAACAGUAGAACCAACAUUAGAUCCACCAUCAGCCACAACAUUAGAACCAACAUUAGAACCCACAGUAGAACCAACAUUAGAACCACCAUCAGAUCCACCAUCAGCCACAACAUUAGAACCAACAUUAGAACCAACGUUAGAACCAACGUUAGAACCAACAUUAGAACCAACGUUAGAACCACUGACAGCAAACAGGCUGAAGAUGAUUUAAUCUAAAGGUUCUGUUUCAUAAAACCGUUGUUCUAUCUGUGAAAAUGCAAAAAAAUGGAGAUUCUACAGGGGAUUUUUGCAUCUGGACCACUUUAGACCAGGUCCAGAUCAAAAACUCGGUCACUCUCGGUGGGUCGAAUGUGGACUAGAUUGUCAUACUCUUUAAAACAUCAUUUUUGAUGUGUUAGAAUGUAAAAACAUGGAGUUUUUCAGUGUUUUUUGUUGGACCUGGACCACUUUAGACCAGGUCCAGAUCUGCACCCGGUGAGGUUAGGCUGGUUGAAUCUGGAAUCAGGUCCAGAUCAAAAACCUCGAUGUUUAGAUGAGUUAAACGUGGACUAGAUCAGAUUUUUGCACCUGAACUGGUAUCCAUAGAGACCCCAUCCAGGAACCCAGUGGACCAAAGGGAUCCAGUCUUGAUGUCCCAGGACCCCAUAGAGGUCCAUGUUUCUGAACCAGGUGGUUUAAUGUUGUGGCUGAUCAGUGCUUAAAUGUUUAUUAACGCGAGGAGCUGAUGAAGUUUAUUUCAGGGUUAAUUCUGAUUAUUAAAGAUAAAAAAAGAACUUCUAAACUCUUUAAAGCCGUCUACAUCCAUCUAUGUUCAACCAACGAUCAAAAUAAUCAGAAUUUAUUCGUCUUAAACGUCUGAAAUUGUCUAAAUGCGUUCAAAAAAAGGAGGAAACUUAAAAUCCUGAAGUCAAGGUGGAUAAAAAUGAAGUUAUCACACCAAUUUAAUGAAAAUUCUUCAACUUUAAGUCAGUUUUAAACCAAUUACAGCUUGAGUUUAUUGUUGUAAUAAUAUAAAUUACUUUCAUUAAUAGUCACCGUUGUUCCAUCUGGUCCUUUCUAAAUGCAGAUUAAAUGUUGAAUUAUUACUUUUAAUGCUGAAAGUUUUCAUCUCUCUGGUUUGUUUUUCUAUGUUUUCUAGAAAAGAAAAACUUUAAAAUGUGACUCACGGAGGUUUUAAAGCUGAAUUUCAGGACGCAGACGCCUUUAAAUGAAAACAUUUCAUAUUUUAUGAUUCGUCAUCUUCUCUGUGUCUGUUUCUGUGUUUUCAUUGUUUUUCAGUCUUUGUCCAGGAAAAUGUUUGAAAAUGUUGAUAACAAUCACAACGAUGGAAAAACCACAAACUAAAGGCAACUAUUAAAGAGAAUCUUGAUAUUUUAAAUCAAGAAUUUAUAUUUUGAUGAAAACAAAUACUAAAUAUUUAAGAUAAACUAUUUUAAAAAAAGGGCCGAUAAACUUUUUUCAAGUGAUUGAUUAUUGAAUAAAGUCUGUAAAGUGA